AUGCAGGUCAAGCCAGCUCUCGUCGCACUUCUCUCAGCUUCUCUUAUCGACUUUGGAGCUGCCGCCUACUGCAACACCAGUCAACUGAUCCAUAUGGAUGUAAUAGGUACCUGUACCUGCAGCCCAGAGCCCAAAGGGUGCUCUCAACAGUGUCCGGGGUGCGGAUUCUCACCCACAAAGAGCAUACACAACUGCAAUGGAGGCUGUGAGGAUACCGAAUCCGACUGUGCGGCAUGCGGCAUCUGGUUCCAUACUCUCUGCAACUGCCUGCAACACCCACUCAAUUGCCAGAAUAGCGGCACGAUACAGAAAUACGGCCAGGCGGUGUGGGUGCUGCUGGAAACUCCGCCGGGUGAUGAUGACCUUGUUACGACGACGGAAUUCCUCCCUGGUAUUCGCCAAAUGGGUUCCGGACACGAUGAAGCCUGGCUCUUCGCCCAGCAAAAGUUCGACAAGACGUCUCAGGCUCUCGCUAUGAACCCCGUCAUAGUGAGAACCAUGGAGCAAGUCCAUAUCCAUCUUUGCCCCCGCAAUCGAACCAUGGCCGGCCUCCUUGGCAAAAUAACCAAAUUCAGCUCCUCGAAGCUCGUGCAGCUGGCUGACGACAAGGAAAUGUACUGCCUCGGCAUUGACCAUAGUGUCGACGUUAAGGGAUUCUCUGGCCUUGUGGCUGAUUUUAUAAACAACCCGCCGCCAAAUGUGUGCAAAGACAUGGUUGGCGCGGCCAUUAUCGAGGACGACAAGAGUCGAAGAUGGGCGUGCGCCACUACGAACCGUGACGGACCUUUGGCUAAAGUGUGCCAUCAUUAG